AUGUCCCCGAUAACAGUCGAAAGCUUUCACUCUAAAGCAAACCCAGCUCAGUCAGUCUCCUACGUUCAUCUCAACCAAGGCGCCCCAAACACCUUAGUCUACUGCUAUGGCGCAGGCGGUGAUUCACGCCUAAUGGGCCUAUUCGAACCAUUUCUACAAUCCCAUCCAGACUUAUCCCUUAUCUGCAUCGACAGAUGGGUCCAAGGCAAAGAUGCCGCCCGUAUCGGACUCGCGCUCCUGGCUGAGCUGAGUGCCAUCGCCCUAGAACUCCUGGAUACUCUCAACAUCGACCAGUUCAGCAUUGCGGCUCACUCAGCGGGUGCCUACCCGAUGCUCGAUCUGGCUCGGUAUGCCCCACCGGGAAGAGUGGGGAAUGUCUUUCCGUUGUGUACUCAUAUCCCCGCUGCUUAUACUGGUUCCAGGAUUAUGGAGUCUAUGUGUACGAUGCCGGGAUUUAUGUUCAAAGUUGUAACGAAGCUCGAUUCGGGAUCGACUCCGAAAUGGCUGGAGGAUUUGCUUGUUGGGUUGAUGACGAAGAAGGCGGGUGGUGUUAAAGAAGAAGGGGGCCUUGUGAUCUCGGGCGAAAGGAAGAAGCUUGUGCUUGAAAAGAUGAAGGAUGAUGUUCAAGGUGAACAACUUUGGAGCGAAAGAAUGGACCUUGAUUAUCGUUUGGGAUAUGAGCGCGUUGAAGGGAUUACUCGGGAAAUUUUGACUGGUCUGUACCGGGAUUGUCCAAUCGAUAUAACAUGGUUCACAGCGGAAGGUGAAGUCUUUUUUGGACUGGAAAGUGCGCGGAGGAUUUCCGAGGAAAUGAAGGCGAAGACUGAAAUUGUGGAUGUCUCUGGGGCUACACAUGCGGAUAUCAUGCUGUGGACACAGGUUUGGGAUUCGAUGUAUUCCAAGAUUGUGCAUGAGACCGAGACCGAGGCUGGCAAUGUACUUGUUUGA